AUGAUGCGCCCGGCAGCUCAGCAGUACGUGGUGACCAGGCCGCUGUACUCGGAGGAGUCCUUCGCUCAGGACCAUGAAAAGAUCUACAGGCACCGCAAAACUAUGCUGGACCACAUCAAACAAUAUUUCACAUGUGACGCUAAACGAGCCAAGAGCACAGCUCUGUCUCUUCUCCCAGUCAUCGGCUGGAUGAAAGCGUACCGAUUCAAAGAAUGGCUGCUGGGUGACAUCGUGUCUGGUGUAAGCACUGGACUGGUGGCUGUCCUGCAAGGGCUGGCCUACUGUCUGUUGGCCUCUCUGCCACCCUGGUAUGGGCUCUUCUCCGCCUUCUUCCCUGUUAUCAUCUACUUUUUCCUCGGCACCUCCAGACACAUCUCAGUGGGUCCGUUUCCAGUGCUCUGUCUGAUGAUUGGCUCGGCGGUCACCAGGCUGGUCCCAGACGAGGGGCCAGCGUUCAACAUCACGGGGUUUGAAGGCCUGACCAGAGACGAGCAGAGAGUGCUGGUGGCCUCUUCUGUGACCUUCCUUGCCGGUAUCAUGCAGCUUGCGAUGGGCGCUCUGCAGGUGGGCUUCGUUGUCAUGUACCUUUCCGACACACUGGUGUCAGGUUUCACCACAGCUGCUGCAAUCCACAUUCUGGUGUCGCAGCUCAAGUUUGUGUUGGGGCUGGAAGUUCCAGGGAUCAGCGGGCCGCUGUCACUCAUAUAUACCUUGGAGAUCAUCUUUAACAAGAUCACCUCCACCAAUGUCUGUGAUGUGGUGAUCUCCAUCGUGAUCAUGGUGGUGGUGUUCAUCGUAAAGGAGAUAAAUGACCGAUUUAAAUCCAAGCUGCCUGUGCCGAUCCCCAUAGAGGUCAUCAUGACUGUUAUUGCAUGUGGAGUUUCAUAUGCAUUCGACUUUAAGACAAGAUAUGGCAUUGAUGUUGUUGGUUUUAUUCCAAAAGGGUACGAGGCACCAGUCGCCCCAAACCCGCAGAUCUUCCAAGAAACAGCAGUAGAAGCGUUUCCUAUAGCCAUCGUGGGUUUUGCUGUGGCCUUCUCUGUGGCCAAAGUUUAUUCUAUAAAACAUGAUUACACCAUAGAUGGAAACCAGGAGCUGAUAGCCUUUGGAAUCAGCAACAUCUUUGGAGCUUCCUUCAGGUCUUUUGCAGCGAGUACAGCUCUUUCUAGGAGUGCAGUUCAGGAGAGCACAGGAGGCAAAACUCAGGUAGCUGGUUUACUGUCAGCUGUCAUAGUGAUGAUUGUCACAUUGGCUAUUGGAUUCCUACUGGAGCCCCUACCAAAGUCCGUGCUGGGCGCCGUGAUCAUCGUCAACCUGAAGGGCAGCCUGAUGCAGUUCAGAGAGAUCCCCUAUCUGUGGAGGAGGGACAAAGCAGACUGUGUGGUGUGGCUGGCUAGCUGCAUUGGUGCCUUCUUGCUGGGGCUGGAUCUGGGACUGGCUGUCGGCCUCGGUGUGGAGCUGAUCAGUGUCAUCCUCAGGACUCAGUUUCCUCGCUGCAGUCUGCUGGCCAACAUAAGGGGCACUGAUAUCUACAAAGACCGAAAGGACUACAUCAGCAUAUCUGAGCCAGAAGGAGUGAAGAUCUUCAGGAUCCCAUCUCCAAUCUUCUUUGCCAACAUUGAGUUCUUCAGGAGCAAGCUGGUGGAAGCUGUCGGGUUUAACCCAUUACGGGUGUUGAGAAAGAGAAAUAAAGCACUGAGGAUGAUACGGAAACUUCUGAAGAAGGGCAAGUUGCAGUGGACAUCUAUCGGCCUCCUGAAUACCUCGUGUGGACCCAUAUAUGAAUCAGAGGACGAGAGCAACAUGGAAGAGCUGGACCAACCGACUGACUUCAAAGACUUUCCCGCCCGGAUCGACUGGAAUGCCGAGCUUCCGGCCAACAUUGUGGUUCCCAGAGUUGAGAUUCACAGCCUGGUCCUGGACUUUGCCGCUGUCUCCUUCUUAGACAUCUCUGGACUGAAGGGACUCAAAGCACUGCUGAAAGAGCUGAUCCGGGUUGAGGUUGAGGUCUACAUUGUGGCGUGUGACCCUUACAUCCUGGAGAAACUCCAUGAUUGUAGCUUCUUUGAUGAUGAAGUUCAGUCUUCAAUGUUCUACCUGACACUGCAUGACGCCAUGCUGCACAUCCUGGAAAAACAUCCGGAGCCUACUCCAAAGAAAUCUGAUUAUGAGAAGAUAAUGACAGGAGUCACUAUUCAUCAUCCGCCCGGCAAUUUGAGGAGCAGAGACAGAAAUGUAGGACUUGCCUUCGCUCAGCUGGCAGAGCUUCCUCCAACCUAUGACCUCUACACAGCUUUUUUCCCCAUGCUAACGUACUGCUUUCUGGGUUUCUUCCCCGUCUUGAGCCUGACGGUUGAGGCUGUGGCGAUAGGCCUGGUCACAGAUCCUGAGGGUCUUAGUGAUGACCACAAAAGACUCCCGGUGGCCUCCUCUGUGACAUUCCUCAUGGGGACUUUGUUAAUAGAUUGUGAGCUAUUGUUGGACAGACUGGUGGUGGCUACACUGACUUGCUACGCCAUCUUGUGGUACAACAUUGUGGCACUUACUCAGAAGUUUGGCCCAGCCCUCAUUUAA